GUGUUUAUUUGCUCUGCAAAGAAUUUUAUUUGUUUUAUACUAAUUGUUAAUAUUAAUAUAAUAUUUAUCCAAAUAUGACGUCUCGAAGCAAAAAGUUAGUGGAUUUAGUUACAAAAUCCACUAACAAUGAUGUGCAUGUUAACAAAUUUCAAAGUAACUACAUUAAACAAAAAAAAUAUGGGUCGUAAAAUGUUUAAAUUUGCAAAUCAAGAUAAUGAAAAAUACUCUACAAAGUUGGACGUUUUUAGUAGCAGUGAUUUACCAUUAAAAGUAAAUUCUAUAAAAAGCCAAUUAAUUUUUAAGCAAAACCGACAAGAUAUUUUAUCAAUUGAAAAUGAAGUAGAAGCUUUAAUGAUGGAUAUUCAACAAAAUGCAUCAUUAAUCAACAUAAAAAGUAGAGGAGCAUUAACAAAACCAAAUAAAAAUAUAGCGGAAAUAUGCAAAAUUGCAGAAUUACUUUCAGAUCAUUUCAACAUAAAAUAG